UGGCGGCGGCGCGGGGUGCGAGGCGGCGGCGGCCACGCUCCGGCCGGGUCCCCGCUGCUGUUCCCGGCGGCGGCGGCGCCAUGGACGAGGCCGUGGGCGACCUGAAGCAGGCGCUGCCCUGCGUGGCCGAGGCGCCGACCGUCCAUGUGGAGGUGCACCAGCGGAGCGGCAGUACCGCAAAAAAAGAAGAUAUAAAGCUGAGUGUUAGAAAGCUACUCAACAGACAUAACAUUGUGUUUGGUGAUUACACAUGGACUGAGUUUGAUGAACCCUUUCUGACCAGAAACGUGCAGUCUGUGUCUAUUGUUGACACAGAAUUAAAGGUUAAAGACCCACAGCCCAUUGAUUUGAGCACAUGCACUAUUGCACUUCACAUCUUUCAGCUGAAUGAAGAUGGCCCCAGCAGUGAAAACUUGGAGGAAGAGACAGAGAAUAUAAUCGCAGCAAAUCAUUGGGUUCUGCCCGCAGCUGAAUUCCAUGGGCUUUGGGACAGCCUGGUGUAUGAUGUGGAAGUCAAAUCUCACCUCCUCGAUUAUGUGAUGACAACUUUAUUGUUUUCAGACAAGAACGUCGACAGCAAUCUCAUCACCUGGAACCGAGUGGUGCUGCUUCAUGGUCCUCCAGGCACUGGAAAAACAUCCCUGUGUAAAGCAUUAGCCCAGAAAUUGACCAUUAGACUUUCUAACAGGUACCAGUAUGGCCAAUUAAUUGAAAUAAACAGCCACAGCCUCUUUUCUAAGUGGUUUUCUGAAAGUGGCAAGCUGGUAACUAAGAUGUUCCAGAAGAUUCAGGAUCUAAUUGACGAUAAAGAUGCUCUGGUGUUUGUGCUGAUUGAUGAGGUAGAGAGCCUUACAGCUGCCCGCAAUGCCUGCAGGGCAGGCGCCGAGCCUUCCGAUGCCAUCCGCGUGGUCAACGCCGUCCUGACCCAGAUCGAUCAGAUUAAAAGGCACUCCAACGUGGUGAUUCUGACGACCUCCAACAUCACAGAGAGGAUUGACGUGGCCUUCGUGGACAGGGCUGACAUCAGGCAGUACAUCGGGCCACCCUCUGUGGCAGCCAUCUUCAAAAUCUACCUCUCCUGUUUGGAAGAACUGAUGAAGUGUCAGAUCAUAUACCCUCGCCAGCAGCUGCUGACCCUCCGUGAGCUAGAGAUGAUUGGCUUCAUUGAAAACAACGUGUCAAAGUUGAGCCUGCUUUUGAGUGAAAUUUCAAGGAAGAGCGAGGGCCUCAGUGGCCGCGUCCUGAGAAAACUCCCUUUUCUGGCUCAUGCGCUAUAUGUCCAGGCCCCCACCGUCACCAUAGAGGGAUUCCUCCAGGCCCUGUCUCUGGCAGUGGACAAGCAGUUUGAGGAGAGAAAGAAGCUUUCGACCUCUGUUUGAUCUGGGCUUCCUCACCUGCGCUUUUCUAAUUGUGAACCCACAACCAGUAAGUGACAUCACUUCCCUCAGAACCACGGCAGCCCCAGAAAUCUCCGUACAACAUGGCUUAGACCAGCAGUCCAGAAACCCAGGAGGCCAAACAUUGUUAAAAGAAGUAUGUUGUAUUUACAUAUUUUUAAAUGCAUAUUAGAAGACAAAUGGCCUGCCAUUUUCGCUGUUGUAAAUGGUGAUAAUUCAAGUUCUGUUGUCUCUUUGUCAAGAACUGUCUAGGUGAGUUUAUUCCAUCCUGCAUACAGUUGAUCAGACACAAAAUUGGACUCAAGUUUUGUUUAAAAAAGAUGAUUAAUGUAGGUUUUAUAAAAACAAAGGAGAAACUAUAUCGCCUUAAAUAAGAAUGUCAUCAUAGCCUUAAAAAAUGUACACGUUACUCAAGAUAGAAGGCAGCAUUUGCUUUCUGCUAUGAGCUUGUUUUAUUUAGUGCAAACAUUUCACAGACUAUUUAAUGAAUAAGAAAAACCUAUUUCUAUGUUGUAGAAAUCGAGAAAAAAAUUCUGGCUGGAGUGUUCUUCACAAUAAUCAGACAUGGCCUUAUUUGUGGGAAAGGUGCAGCCACUGGUGUUCAGUUGAAACAUGUGCCGGAUGUACCUCAUAACCCGUGCAGGCGAGCAUUGUGAGGAUAUUUCUUCCCAUUUUUUUUUUCAAUAAUGUUAUUCAUGGCUGAAAUGAAGUUGCACAUUAACAAAUGUAAAAUAAAUUGGCCGCUAGUUGGUAUAUUCCACAGAAUAUUAUGUUUUGCUUUUAUCUCAUGGUAAAAUAAAUUUCACAUUAGUGUUUUGUACACAUUUUUUAAAGACCAUAUCACCAUUUAUUAUAGAACUUUUUAAGUAUUAAAUUUUUUUCCAGAA